CCUGUGCGCGUCUGCUGCUCCACAGCACCGACGCAAGGCGGAGAGGAGCCGUGCAGGUUUCCCACGCAGCACAGCGAUGCUGCUGGGAUCUUAGAGCGCCCUUGUUUGAUGCGCUGCAGAGCAGGAGCAGAGAAAAGGAGCGCAGAGGAGCCGUCCUGCCCAUACGGCGAGCGACAGAGAGGGACGCGCAGCGGAGGACGCGGGCAGCGCAGCGAUUGCGGGACCGGGAGCGACAGAAAAGAAAAAAAAAAAAAAACAAAACAACAAACAAACCAAAAACACGGGAUUACACUGCUCUCCGCCCAACAUUAAAUUAAUACACUGUUAAGAGCCCAACAGUGCAGUAGCGAAGAUGUCCUCGUCGGGUAAAGACGCCCCCGGAGCGCAGCACGCCAAUUACGUGGGACCGUACCGCUUGGAGAAGACGCUCGGCAAGGGCCAGACAGGCCUGGUGAAGCUAGGAGUCCACUGUGUCACAUGUCAGAAAGUAGCAGUAAAGAUCGUCAACCGAGAGAAGCUCAGCGAGUCGGUCCUGAUGAAGGUGGAGCGAGAGAUAGCAAUCCUGAAGCUUAUAGAGCACCCUCACGUGCUGAAGCUGCACGACGUCUAUGAAAAUAAGAAAUAUUUGUAUUUGGUUUUAGAGCACGUGUCUGGCGGAGAGCUGUUUGACUACUUGGUGAAGAAGGGCAGGCUCACGCCCAAGGAAGCCCGAAAGUUCUUUCGACAGAUCAUCUCAGCGCUGGAUUUCUGCCACAGCCACUCAAUAUGCCACAGGGACCUUAAACCGGAGAACCUGUUGCUAGAUGAGAAGAACAACAUCAGGAUAGCAGACUUUGGCAUGGCCUCUCUGCAGGUCGGGGACAGCCUCCUAGAAACAAGCUGCGGGUCUCCUCACUACGCCUGUCCAGAAGUCAUCAGGGGGGAGAAAUAUGAUGGCAGGAAGGCUGACGUGUGGAGCUGUGGGGUCAUCCUCUUUGCCCUCUUAGUGGGUGCCCUGCCGUUCGAUGACGACAACCUGAGGAACCUUCUGGAGAAGGUGAAGCUCGGCGUGUUCCACAUGCCCCACUUCAUCCCACCCGAUUGCCAGAACCUGCUGCGCGGCAUGAUCGAGGUGGACGCCACCAAGCGGCUCACGUUAGAACAGAUCCAGAAGCACACAUGGUACAUAGGGGGCAAGAAUGAGCCCGAACCAGAGCAGCCGGUCCCCCGGAAGGUAGCCAUCCGCACGCUGCCAUCGGCCGAGGACAUCGACCCCGACGUGUUGGACAGCAUGCACUCUCUGGGCUGCUUCCGUGACAAGAACAAACUGAUGAAGGACCUCCUUUCAGAGGAUGACAACCAGGAAAAGAUGAUCUAUUUCCUCCUUUUGGAUCGCAAGGAGAGGUACCCCAGCCAUGAGGACCAAAACCUCCCCCCUCGCAAUGACAUAGACCCCCCCAGGAAGCGUGUGGACUCGCCCAUGCUGAACCGACAUGGGAAGCGGAGGCCGGAGCGUAAAUCCAUGGAGGUGCUGAGUGUGACGGAGGGUGGAUCCCCGGUGCCGGUACGCCGGGCAAUCGACAUGGCGCAGCAUGGCCAAAGGUCACGGUCCAUCAGCGGAGCCUCGUCCGGCCUUUCCACCAGCCCCCUCAGCAGUCCACGGCCUGUCCGGAGAUUUUUUAUCCCUCCGCACUCCCCCAACCUCUCCCGGUCCCCAAAUUCCAGUCCCACAAACUCCCCGGGUCCCCUCUCCCGUCGGACUGGUGCACGGACCCCGAACUCCUUUCAGCCAAAGAUGGUGCCGGUCCUGGCUGAUCCCAAAACUCAGACCCUCCCAGCCAAACCCAAGGUAGCUGAGAAGCCCCUGCAGUCCACCAGGUCAAACCCCCUGCCUGGCGCAGCUACUGACCCCUCCACUCCUAAAUCUGAGCCCUCUACCCCGUGCCAACAGCGGCCCCCUGUUGUCCCCAACAGCCCCCAGGUGCGCCGGCCGCCCCUCACUCCCCAGCUCUCUGUGCCCCUCUCCUCUGCCGCCCCGCUCUCCCCGAUCCGGCUCCACCACUUCCACCCCGUGGCAGCGUCUGACCACGGCGCCAAAUCUAUCCCCAUCAUACAGGUGACCCCUCACCCCUCCCCCCGGGGAAGCCCCCUCCCCACACCCAAAGGGACGCCGGUGCACACCCCCAAGGAGAGCCCAUCCGGCACCCCGAGUCCCACACCGCCCCCCAGUCCCUCCAUUGGUGGGAUGCCCUGGAGAACACGCCUUAACUCUAUCAAGAACAGCUUCCUGGGAUCACCGCGUUUCCAUCGCAGAAAACUGCAAGUUCCUACUCAAGAAGAAAUGUCCAGCCUCACCCCAGAGUCUUCCCCCGAACUUGCCAAGAAGUCAUGGUUUGGUAACUUCAUUAACUUGGAGAAGGAGGAGCAAAUCUUUGUGGUCAUCAAGGACAAGCCAUUGAGUUCCAUCAAAGCAGACAUUGUGCACGCCUUUCUUUCAAUCCCAAGCCUCAGCCACAGCGUGAUCUCGCAGACGAGUUUCCGGGCCGAGUACAAGUCCAGCGCUGGGCCAGCUGUGUUCCAGAAGCCCGUCAAGUUCCAGGUGGACAUCACCUACACCGAGAGCAGCACCGCAACGAAGGAGAACGGCAUCUACUCGGUCACCUUCACGCUGCUCUCAGGACCCAGUCGGCGGUUCAAGCGGGUGGUUGAGACAAUUCAGGCACAGUUGUUAAGUACACACGACCAGCCUGGGGUCCAGCAGCUCUCCGGCAGCCCAUUGAGUAACUUCUUUGACGUAAUUAAACAACUUUUUUCAGACGAGAAGAAUGGCCAGGUGCCCCACCCGCCUGGCACGGCCGCCAAGCAUGGCGCUAACAACAAGAGGCAUGACCCCGAGGCUAAUGACUAUGGCUCUAGAGGAGACUCAAAGUGCCCCGCGGGCAAAGACAAAGCAAAAGUGGCGACAACUUACGGGACACAAGAGCAGCCUUAAAGAAGGGUUAUUGCAGAUAACUAGAUGAUAAGUCGAAGUCAUCGGCCGGCCCAUUAAGUCACUAGGAACCCAACAAAUGUGUAGCAGGCUUGCGUCUUACCCAACCGACUGUAAAUAUAAACCUCCUUCGGAAGCUGUCCGUAGACAAACUUUUGUAUCGCCGAAUUGCUGUACAUACAAAUUAUAAAUGAAUCGGAUAUUUUCGGAGUAGAACGCAUAGACGCCCGUGUUCCUCCCCACGAGGAGGGGCCGUUUCAGCCGCAGACAGUUUGUGUUCUUUUGCUGUAAGUUUGUCUCUCUUUCUGUUAACAUUUUCGAUGACUGAACUUGUCUUUACCAGGAAUUAUCCACAACGUGUGUUAGAGCUCGGCUCCCAAGGCCUCGCCCAAAUGCAGUGUGACAUGGGUAUUUGUUGACGGAGGCGCUGUUGACAGCAAGUGACUGCAAAAUGACUGCCCCCUGUGCCCCCGUACACCCCUCGCACCCCUGGCUCUGUGCCCCCACCCUCCUGCGGAAGCGCUCCUCCGGGGUUCUGCUUCUCAUCCUCCGAUCCUCCUUCGUCCCUGGACCUCCGUGUGAGCCUGGGGAACCCAAACAGAGCCUCCUGGAUAACGAGAACCCUUACACUCAAACACACACACACACAGACGCGAACGCGGACACAUCACGAGUCCGGGAUGCCGUACGAAAUGAAACAAGAAGACGGCGGAAGAGGAGGACGGAGCGGCGGGAGGUGUGCCGAAGGCCGAGGGUCGACAUGGACACCUGCUGGAUUGUAUCGCUUUCUUUUUAAUAUAGACUUUGUUUGUGAGUGACUUUGUUUAAAACUGUUGCAAAGCGAUUGCUGCAAACGGACUGAAAUACGUAUUUCAGAAGAUGAAAAGUUUUAAAUGUGUGGGGGUUCAAGAUGGGUGCGGGGCGCAGAGCUGUGGACGGGGGACACACAGAUGAAUGAUCUAUUCUGUUGUACAGAUUGAAUAUGUUUCGUAUGUAAAAACAACAAAAAAAAAAGUCUAGUGAGACUACGUUUAUCUGAAUGAAAAUUGUGUUGCCACAUUUUUUUCCCCCGUCCGUUUGUAAAUUUUUUUUUUUUAAAUUUUAUUUAAUUUUGUCGACCGUUGAUUUAUAUGCAUUGACCUUAUGUGUCCCUUUGUUUUCCUCUAGGGAAUUUUAAUUUUUGUUGUAAUUUAGAACCUCUGUGACUGGGGCGAUUA